UGCCCUGAAAAGCCCCGGCUGCGGGGGCGAACGCUGAGUUGCGUUCCUGGCGGGAGGGCCGCGUGUGGCGGAAGCAGCAACACGGCGAGUGACUGGUGCGGCACAAGCUGGGAUGAUGCCAAACACAGCGGGGCGCCGCAAAGCAAACCAGAGUGUAAAUUUCCCUUAGGAAAGUUAUAAGGGAUGAAGAAGAAUCCAGUACACUGAAAGUCCCCUUUCCAAAGGUUUAGCACGUGCCACGAGACUCUUAUAAUCGAUCACUACUGUCAUUCCUGAAGCUAGUGUGUUGAGGUGUGAGAGUUUUAUGGCUCAAUUUGGAGAUAAAGAUGUUACUUGAAUACUGCCUCCGUUUGGAUAAAGAAAAGAAGAAGAAAGAGAGCAUUUUGGAUCUCUCAAAAUACAUUGACAAAACAAUUCGAGUAAAAUUCCAAGGUGGUAGGGAAGCUAGCGGAGUCUUGAAAGGAUUUGACCCUCUUCUAAACCUUGUGCUUGAUGGCACUAUUGAAUAUAUGAGAGAUCCAGAUGACCAAUACAAACUAACAGAGGAUACCCGUCAGCUGGGACUGGUGGUUUGCAGAGGAACAUCCGUGGUUCUUAUUUGUCCACAGGAUGGAAUGGAAGCUAUUCCAAACCCUUUCAUUCAGCAGCAGGAGGGCUAACGUUUUCUUGGGACUCACUGAAGCCUCAAGGCUGCAAAUCAUUGGAGAUAAUGAACAGUGUAUGAGAAACCUUCCCAUUUUGGGGAAUAGAUUGCUUUUUUUUUUUUUUUUUUUUAAAUGUUCAUUUUAUAAAGGGCAGAAGGACCUUGACCUUUUUACUUUGCCAUUUCCCACGGUGAUAGCAGGAACACUGAAUGACAACUGCAAAAUAAGAUCUAAUUUUGUUCAAUAAAGAAAAACUUCAUUACUGAUCUAGUCAGUGUUCAAAUUGAAGUCUUAAAGGUACAGGGAACCCUUUCUUUAUUCUGGGUUUAAAAUGACUGAUUGGAAAUCAUAGUGGUAGCCAGCAGGCAUGCGUGAAGAUUGGAUCCAAAAGACUAAUUAAAUACGCCCAAAACCAAGUUUUCAUAGUAGGGAGACAAAGUGGGUGAGGUAAUAUCUUUUAUUGGACCAAUGUCUGUUAGCGAGAGACAAGCUUACACAGAGAACUUCUUCAGAUCUGUUUUUUCCAUCCUGUUUUCGUUCCUCUAGGCAGCAGAAUUCAUAGGCAGAGACCAUUUCAUAGAGUAUCUUAAGCUCUGUACUAGUGAUUUCUUACCUGCCUGCCCACCCUGAUACUUAGACUAGGUCUACACUACCCGCCUGAAUCGGCGGGUAGAAAUCGAUCUCUUGGGGAUCGAAGUAUCGCGUCUCGUUGGGACGCGACAAUCGAUCCCCGAAUCGACGCUCUUACUCCAACAGCGGAGGUGGGAGUAAGCGCUGUCGACGGGGAGCCGUAGAGGUCUAUUUUGCCACUGUCCUCACAGCGGGGUAAGUUGGCUCCGAUAGGUCGAAUUCAGCUACGCUAUUUGCGUAGCUGAAUUUGCGUAUCUUAAAUCAACACACACACACACACACACACACACACACACACAACCUGACCUUAUAGGGAAACUAAUUUGAGUGUUUACUGACUUGUUACCAUUCUUUAUAAACACCAGAGCUAAGAAGGGAAUCUAUUAAUUUCUCGCUCUUGUUCCAAAUCUUACCUUCUUGGAAUUCUUCUAUAUAGCAGAUUGGACUUGUAGCUUGCACACAUACUCCCACUUGUGAUUUCUUCUUGUUGACUUGUAACUAUGCAUUUCUAAACUUUAUACAUGAUACAUGGGAAUACUUCAGAGCAACUGUGAAUAAAUAAAAGCUCUUAUGAGGCUAA